UGUCGAAACCGGAAAAUGAGGAAAAAUGGCGGGUGCAGCUGAGAGUAGUGAGAGAGGUAGGAGUCCUGAGAUUAGGAAAGAUGUCAUCUUCAACAGAUGGAUUAUAUUCUCACCUGCGAGAUCUCGUAGGCCCACCGAUUUCAAAUCAAAAUCCUCUAACGAUAACUCUAACCCUAACCCUAGCAGUUCGUAUUCUUCUUCUUGCCCGUUCUGCAUGGGAAACGAGCACCUAUGCGCCCCAGAAAUCUUCAGAGUGCCCACCCCAGACGCAUCAUCAUCAACGUCCGAUUGGAAGGUCAGGGUGAUCGAGAACCUGUUCCCGGCCCUCGCCCACAUCCGUGACAAUCAGCAGAUCGAGAAUCCUAAUCCUUCCAACUCCGCCCCCACGGUUGCCUGCGCAAUCCAAGGGUUGGGAUUCCAUAACGUUGUCAUCGAGACCCCCGAUCAUGCCGUGCGUCUCUCGGACCUCUCCCCGCCCGAGAUCGGUGAGGUCAUUUUAGCACACGGAAAGAGGAUCCUGCAGAUUGCGGAGGACAGGUUGAUGAAAUACGUUCAGGUGUUUAAGAAUCAUGGUGCAUCAGCUGGAGCAUCUUUGAGUCAUUCCCACAGCCAGAUCAUGGGUCUUCCUUUCAUUCCUCCUACUGUUUCUGCACGACUUGACAGCAUGAAAGAUUAUUUUGGAGCGACAGGAGAAUGUGGCCUUUGUGCGAUUCGGUCUGAGGAGCUUUUGAUUGAUGAAUCUGCUCAUUUCUUUUCAAUUGUUCCAUAUGCAGCUUCAUUUCCUUUCGAGAUCUGGAUUGUUCCUCGAACACACUAUUCUCAUUUCCAUGAACUAGAUGAUGAGAAGGCUGUAGAUCUGGGAAGGUUGCUGAAGGUCAUGCUGAUGAAGUUGUCUCGGCAAUUGAACGACCCGCCAUUCAAUUUCAUGAUUCACACUUCUCCAUUUCCGGUGACUGAUUACCAGUUGAGUUACUCCCACUGGUUUCUACAGAUUAUACCCCAACUAACUGGCAUAGGCGGGUUUGAGCUUGGAAGCGGGAGUUACAUAAAUCCUGUUUUUCCAGAGGAUGCUGCAAAAGUCUUAAGGGAAGUGAAUGUCCCGACGUAACUAUAGAUUGGCCGGCGCAUUUAUUUAUAUCAAUCUCAAUACAUGGAGAGCAACAUACAUAAUUGCAUAAUGUCUCCCGCCCAGUAGAUGAGCCGGUGGAGACUGUUAAGUGUGUGUGAGCGAUCCAGGGUUCAGUACCUGGUAGUGUCACCUUUAAAAUAAAGAGCAUAAUGAUGUAUUGAUGAGGUUUGCUCUAAUAUAUCCUAAUGUAUUACAAUAUGUUACAUCCCCGAUGAGUUACAGUAUGUUAUACCGGGGCUUUAGCCAUUGGAAUUGGGUUCUUUUUAAUAACCCAAACCAUUUUGACA